AUGGAAAGCCCCCGUGAUGUGAUGCUGAAGAUUGGUGAGAUGGCCUUCACUGGAGUCUCCCAGAGAAACAUUGUCUUUAAUGAGGAAGAUCUGAUCAAAUAUAACCUCCAGCCUUCCCAGUUCCUCUCUGGCUUUCUCAUGGAACUUGUGGAGAGAGAGUCUUCAGAGCACAGUGUGGUCUACACAUUCCCGCACCUCACCAUCCAGGAGUUUGUAGCCGCACUCGCUCAGUUCCUGUCUCCUCAAUCCAAACGCACCAUGCGGUGUUUGAUCCGCAGUGACAUGGAGGAGGACGGCCGGUUUGAGAUAUUUCUGCGCUUUGUUGCGGGGCUCUCCUCCCCACGGGCAGCUCAGCCGCUGGAGGAGUUUCUGGGGCCAUUUGUCCAUCAGACAACCUGUGCGGUGAUCGAUUGGCUGAAGGAGAAGGAAGUUGCUGAACUCACUCACUACCUGUUUGAGUCUCAGAAUCAAGCCCUGGCACAGCAAACACUGGGCUCUCUACGAACACUGGCAUUUGGUGACAGCUCUCCACAGAAAGCAUUGAGACUGACACCGAUAGACUGUGUUGUGGUGUCUCAGGCCAUUGGACUUUGUGACACAAUGAAACAACUGAAUCUGAAGAACUGCUACAUUCAGGAGGAGGGUCUCCAGCGUCUGGUUCCUGCUCUGCACAAGUGUGAGGAAUUGUGGCUGAAGGGCAAUAAUCUGGGAGAUUGUGGAGUGAAGCGACUGUGUGAGGCUCUGAGGAACCCGGACUGCAAAAUACAGAGACUGUGGUUGGACAGUAACAGACUGACCGAUGGCUGCACUGAUGCUCUGGUCUCCGCUCUCAGUACAAAGCGCUCACUGAGGGACCUGGACCUGAGGUCCAACUCCUUCACAGACGGCUCUGUCCGCGCUCUCCGCCGCCUCAUACAGACCUGCACCAGUCUGGAGGGGAUCUGGCUGUGGGCGAAUAAGUUCAGUUCAGACGGACGGAAUCAGCUGAAGUCACUGCAGGAAAUCAGAGCUGAGCUGUCAGUGACAGUGUGACACUGACUGAGGCAGUGACUGUCCACACAGUCUGUGUAACAUGGAAUAUAUUCUGGACACUGUAGUGACUGAUUAUUAAAGAUGUUGAUCCUGAUUCCUCUCCCAUCUCUGCUCUGGGGACCGUUAUUGACACACACCGCCUACGGCCGUGCGGGCGGCUGGAGAGCCCCGACCCUCAGUCACUGCUAAA